AUGGCCGACCUAGACCAAUCUGUCGACGACAGGCCACCGACCACUGCCAGCCCGUUCAAUUUCCAGACACAAACUAUUUCGACGUCGCCUGUCAAGUCGAACAUCGGACAGCGUCGUGGGCAUCGCUACAAACAUAGCUCCAUCUCGACCCAGCAUCAGAUCUUCAAGGAGCCACCGCAACGGCCGCCUCCCGUUCUGCCCGCUUCGCUCCCGAUACCGACACUGAAAGACGCUCGCGAGCGCAUGACAACCGAACAAUGGCAUAGUCUAUACUGGUCACUCUGUCAUCAUGCCGUGGCCUCCUUCCUCUUCUUCCAGUCCAAAGGUUCGCUGGGCAUCAUGGCGCUCUCCCAUCUUGUCUUCUUCGAUGCUGGCAGUGCCCUCAUCUGCGUUGCCGUCGAUGUAUUGGGCAACUUUGAGGUCUGGCGCCGCAGCAGCAUUCGUCAUCCCUUUGGCCUCGAGCGCGCCGAGGUUAUCGCUGGCUUCGCCAUGUCCAUUUUCCUUCUCUUUGGAGGUUUCGACCUGGUGUCCCAUGGACUGAAGCACUGGCUCGAGAGCAAAGGCGGCCAUGAACCGCAUCACGACCACAGCCACGACUACGUCCCUACGGGCGAGGUUGAGUGGGUUGCUGGUGCAGCAGUCAUCAGCACGCUGGUCUCGACUUAUUGGGUCAAAAACCACGCACGAAUCGCCAGGAUCAUGCGCGCCUCAUGGCUGUCUGUGAUCUCCCACCAUUUUAGCAACGUCUUCCACGUCUUGACCAUCUUCUUUUCGACCUUGGUACUCCUCUUGCCGCUGCUACCAGGAGAUCCCAUCUUCUGGGAUCGGACGCUGUGCGCUGCCAUCGCAUGUGCCAUGUUCGUCUUCGGUGCUCAGCUUGGCACAGCUCAAGCCUCCAUGCUGCUCAUGGCCUACCGCGGCACCAAGAGCACGGAUGGGGUUUCUUCCGUCAUGAAGGAGAUUGAGGCGGAGCCGAACAUCACACGAGUCGACGAGGCACAAUUUUGGCAAGUACACUACGGACUGUGCAUGGCCAAUCUGAAGAUUUCCGUCCCGAGGGGAUGCGAUGAAGGAACCAUCAGUAAGCUGCGAAGUCGAAUUUCGUCGCUCAUCCAGAACCGCCUCGGUGAGGGCUAUGGGCGGGGCUCUAGUUUGCGAUGGGAGGUAACCAUCCAGACCAGCAUUGACCCGAAUUAA